AUGAAGUUUUCGACCAUUACGGCUGCCAUUCUUUCUUCUGCCGUCCUCCCGGGUGUCAUAGCGGAAACUUUGAAGUAUAAUCGCGACUAUGACUACGCUCAAAAUACUGCACUCACCUUAUUUUCCUGCUCAGACGGUGCAAAUGGCCUCAUGACAAGAUACGGGGUAAAUAACCUCCAACAACUGGGGAACAAGUUACAACCGAAUACAAAUGUCGGUGCCUCGCCUGCUGUUACAAGGUGGAAUGAUCCAAACUGCGGGAGAUGCUUUAGAGCAACGAACCCCAGCAAUAAUAAGGCAUUGAACUUUGUGGUUAUCGAACAAAACUCUGGUGUUGUGACUGGCGAAGAGGCAUUUCGUCUUCUGUCUCCCUCCGGAACAAUUUCGGAGGGGACGCUUUCUGCGAAUGUUGCAGAGCUUCCAUCUCAGAGUUGCUGGAAAUGAGUUAGGAAAUAGAUGUUCUCACUAUCGUCCUUCUACCAUUGUUACUGGAGCAUUGGGGCAAGCCAUGUUCAUGUUUGUCCGUCUUCUGAAUCCAGAGGCAUGAAGGCGGUAUACAUAACAAUUUCAUUACUGCCCUAUUCAAACCCUCCACCACUGCACUUCAUCUGCUGGAGUUAAUCAUUGAUGUAGUUUUCUCUUACAAGCAAG